AUGACGUCUCUCGCGCUAUCGCUGGACCCUCCAGCCUUGAUCAGGCUCCACGAUGUCUUGAUCUGCCUAUCCAAAUUCAGUGAAACAGUCGCCAUUGAGGCCGAGCCAACUCUUCUCCGCCUGAGUGCCCUCAAUUCAACCAAGACCGGGUUUGCCUCCUUUGCCUUUGAGAAGAAUGCCUUCUUCGAGGCGUACUCUUUCCAAACUAGCAGUGCUGGCCACAGCGGGAGCAUUGCGCAAGACCGAUUCUUCUGUCAGAUCUAUGCAAAGGCACUUUUAUCAAUCUUCCGUGGGAGAAUUGAUAGGAACAAAGACACUGCCGUUGAACGCUGUGAUAUGGAGCUACAUGAGGAUCCACAGCAGGCUGAAUGUAGACUAACAGUGAAGAUGAUAUGUGGACUUGGUGUCAUCAAAUCAUACAAGCUGACUUACGAGCCGGCGGCGAUUCAACACGCUGUUUUCGACAAAUCCAAGGCCACGAGCAUGUGGGCGGCGGAUCCACGAUUCCUGAAGAACCUGAUAGAACACUUCAGUUCAUCCGCAGAGCAAUUGGACAUGUACUCUGAUUCUGGCAAAGCAGUGUUCACUAGUUUUACCACAAAGGUCACUGAAGGCAAAGGCAUGAAUUCCGUCCUCUGCCAGAAACUCUCAUAUGCUAACGUUGGAAUAGAAAUACUGAAACACCCAGUGCACACGUCUGUCGCAACUGACAAACUUGACUUCCAGGAGUAUCUGGUUGAAGACAACAUGCACGUGGCGAUUAAUCUCAAAGACUUCAAAGCCAUAGUCGGGCAUGCCGAAACGGUCAAUGCCACCGUGACAGCCAGGUUCACACGGCCAUGCAAGCCACUGCAACUGGAGUACUUGGUCGAAGGGGUUCAGGCAGAAUUCACAAUCAUGACCCGUGGGCAAGCUGAUGACGAUGUCCCGUCAUCUCGAGCAACGAUCCCACGAGAAACACCUGCGCCAAUCACUAUUUCAGCAAGGCCUUCUGAAACACAAGCAUCGGCACCAAAUACGAUGCCGCCACCGCCACCGAGGGGCAGAUCGAUUCGCCCUCUGAAUGGAUCAUCGACGCAGGAGAACCUGACUCAGAAGACUAGUGCGGAUAGGCCUUUGGCGUCUGGUCUUUCGAUGGAAUUCGACAGUCUUUUUGUUCCUGCCGAUGAUGAUAGACAGUGGGAUGAGAUGAACGAAGAGGAACCGCAAGACAUCCUGGGGUGGGAUGCGUCGGGAACCCAGGAUGCUUUCGGGGCAUCUAUUCGAGACGCAGAGCCUUCUCUGGGGGCUAAUGAGCGGACUGAAGAGGAUGAUGAGAUGGGCCUUCCACCCACUCAGCGUUUGUCUCAGGUUCGCCAGUACGGUCUUUUCGACUGA